AUGGCUUGGGAAGGUCUUAAAGCCUCGGGCUCUUACUCAGAUCAUUUGCACCGUGGAAUAAUAUUUCACUGUUUACAAAUCUUUUCAGAUGCCUUUAAUGGGACUGUGACCUUUCUACCUUUGGAGGAAAACAGCGAAGGAAAAUACCAGGUUAAGAAGUGCAAUAUUUAUCAAAUUCAACUAGCACACGUAAAAGAUGAGGAAUGGUCUGUGUCUAUUGUAACUUCAUCUCCAGAAAACUGGUUUUCCGAUGGGAUUGCAUACCCCAAAUUAGCAUGGCUUGGAAACGAGCUUCUAUCCAAACUGGCUAAAUGGUCUGUGGAGCAAAAGCAUAGUGAGUUUAAAAGCACACUCUCACUCGUUCCUGUGGCAAAAUACAGCAAGGUUUAUCAAGAACUUAAAGAAAAAUACAAAGAGAUGGUAAAGGUGUGGCCGGAAGUAACGGAUCCUGAGAAAUUUGUGUAUGAAGAUGUUGCUAUUGCUGCUUAUCUGCUGGUUCUUUGGGAAGAAGAGAGAAAAGAGAAGGGAUUGUCUAAGAAGCAGUCAUUUGUAGAUCUUGGCUGUGGAAAUGGUCUACUGGUUCAUAUUCUAAGCAAUGAAGGGCAUUCAGGUAGAGGAAUUGAUGUGAGGAGAAGAAAAAUAUGGGACAUGUAUGGAUCAGAAACUCAUUUAGAGGAAUGUGCAAUCAUGCCAGGUGACAGUAAUCUCUUCCCAGAUGUUGACUGGUUGAUAGGAAACCAUUCAGAUGAAUUAACACCGUGGAUACCUGUAAUUGCAGCUAGGUCUUCCUAUUGUUGUUGCUACUUUGUGUUGCCAUGUUGCUUCUUUGAUUUCCACGGAAAGUAUAGCCGAAGACAAAGUAAGAAGACUCAGUACAGAGAAUAUCUUGAUUUUGUUUCCCAAGUGGGAUUUAUAUGCGGCUUUCACAUAGAAGAAGAUUGCCUUAGAAUUCCCUCAACUAAAAGGGUGUGCCUUAUUGGGAAAAACAGGACCUAUCCACCUGUGCAACGUGCUCUGAUUGACAAGCAGAUAACACAGUAUAUUCAUAAUCGUCAGACUUGCGCUCUGGUCACACGUGACAGAAGAGUUGGAUUUAGUCGUAAUGAUGCCUCUAACACUGUGUGCAAAGAAACAGGUGCAGAAUUUCCUGUAAAGGAGACUGAAACAACUGGUAGAAUUUGGAUGCCUGGAUUUCAACCCAGAGAAAAAGUAGAACAAGUCAGAAAUUGUGCUGCUCUCCCUCGGGAUUUUGUAGAUGAUGUGGUUCUAAAUGUGGCAAACUUGCUGUUAAAUACAACCCAAGAAAAAUCAUGCUGCAGUACAAAUAGUGGAAGUACAAACACCUGGAAUCAAGGAGAAAGCCUUUCCUUGAAAGAAGUAGCAGAGCACUUAAAUGAAGAGACUUUAAAAAGGCUAAAGAGUGAAUACGGAGGCCUACAGACACUACUCAAGAACAGUCAUCAAGUAUUUGAAGUUCUAAAUGGGAGAGUUCAUAUUCGUGACUGGAGAAAAGAGAAACCAUCAAGGAAGAACAAGCCUGAAAUAAAACAACGCCUUUCAGCUGAAGCAUUUAAAACGCGUCUCUGUUGGUUUUUCAUUCAUCAUCCUGAUGGUUGUUCUUUGCCUUCUGAAUCUUGUCCUUAUGCUCAUGGGACUGAGGAGCUAAGACAGUCUCAGAUUAUGAAAAAGAAAAAACACGCACAAUAAUAAAAUGCUGCAAUUUAUUUUUAAACUUGUGUACAUGACUGGAUUUAUGAUCGUUUUGGGCUGUCUAGUGCAUGAACACCUGUAUGAUAAGGUUAUCUCAUUCAUAGGUAUUUUAUUUUGCAAUUUCCUUAUAAAUUCUCCUGCGGUUUUUUUUAUU